AUGGCUUUGGACCCAAUUACUCCGAGACAAUAUAGCAUAAUAGUCUCCGCCAAAACGCCGGGUUUCAAUGAAGAAGGCAAUCAGAAAUUUCCCGCGGUGGAAAAAGACUUUGCAGCGUCGAAAUCGCAAAAACUGCAAGACUCAAUCAAUCCAAAUACCGACUCCCUUCUCAUUGCCUCACCAUAUGAAGAGCUGCCGCAUCUAUUGGAUCUAAAAUCUUUAGAUACUCAAAGCCGGCUACUGGCACUAGCACUGUCAUAUUUAAAGCCUAUUCGAAACGACUAUGCCACAGCAGAAUACCUAGAUUCCUUCAAUUGGAACGAAGUCUUCGAUCUCGUCCGGACUUUCUCGGAAACUGAGGGACACCAAUGGAAGUCACAGUCAUUUUAUGUUGUUUCUUUCCGAUCAAGGCUACAGCCAAAUGUGGAUCAGGAUUAUCUCACAGACCUAGAUGCUUAUUCGCAUCAGGAGGCUGUUGCUAGUGGUGGAUUGUUGAAGUAUUGGUUCGGUACUAAGAAUGAACAGCGGCAGAAUCUCGCAACCUGUAUUUGGCGCAAUCGAAAUGAUGCCCGUCUGGGAGGUCGCGGGCCAUGGCACGCAAAAGCGAGACUGGCAGCCCGAGAGCUGUAUGAGGAGAUUGUCUUCUCGACCCUGAAGCUAGAUAUUGAAGAUGAAGCAAAGUCCUGGAAGCUGAGUGAGUGGAAAGAUAAGGAUGAUGAAAGCAUUCCCGCUUGA